CAAUGGAAAAUGCAUAAAUAGAAUAUUGAAAUGUGAUGGUGUAGUUGACUGUGGUGAUGGAACAGAUGAAACCAAGUGCCAAAAAACGCCUAGACCGGUUCUAUUAUACACCAAUCGCAGAACUAUUUACCGACAAUUCCUGGACUCCAGCAUGUUCAGUGAAGUUGUCACAGGCCAACAAGGAAUAGUUGCCUUGGACUAUGACCACAAGACAAGCACGGUAUACUGGACAGAUAUCUCCACAGAAACGAUCAACAGUGCUUCUUUAACUAAUAAAAACCAACAGUACAAGGUGAUAAUCAACGAAUCACUGGUUAAUCCUGAAGGGCUGAGUGUUGAUUGGAUAAAUAGAAAGCUCUACUGGACUAAUUCAGGCUCUAAUGUUAUCGAGGUGGCUGAUUUGGAUGGUAGAAACAGGUUGACUCUCAUACAAGCCGGACUGGAGGAUAAGUUAAGAGGUAUUGCAGUGUAUCCUGACACUGGUUAUAUGUUUUGGACCAACUGGGGCCAGUCACCAACUAUAGAAAAAUGUGGCAUGGACGGGGAUCCCAGUACCAGAACGCCUAUCGUUACUAAUCACCUCCGAUUUCCAAACGGUCUUACCAUUGACUACACUAAAAGAAGGAUCAUAUGGGUCGAUGCUGGGUUAGAUAGGAUAGAGUCUGCUGAUUUGAAUGGAAAUCAGAGAAGGGUCAUCACCAGGUACCAUAGCAGGCAUCCUUUUGCUGUUUCUGCCUUCAAAGAUCGAGUUUAUUGGAGUGAUUGGCAGAGAAAUGGGAUUUAUAUGGUCCGCAGGAUAACAAGUAGUAUAACUGGUCCAUUAAGGACCGUAAGGAGGUCAAUCGGUUUACCAAUGGGAGUACGUGUUUACAGUCCAUUAUUACAACUAAGAAAAGGAAUGAACCCUUGUGGCAGCAAUAAUGGUGGAUGUAGUCAUAUUUGUCUUCUUGCACCAAGACCCAAGACUCAUACUUGCCACUGUCCUGCAGCAGCAACUCUGACACUAGAUGGAAAAACUUGCAAGAACAUCUGAUUGAAUCUAAAACGUAUAUUGUCAUCAUAACGGCUAUUUCAAUAAACCUAGUUAUCAUUAAUACUAGAA